CUGUCAUACUUUUGCCACUGGAAACCCGGCACCGGCUGUCCGGCAACCGGAGCGUGUGAAAAACGCCUUAAAGGAGAUGUCCUUGAUGUUAAUUUAUGUCCAUGGUAUAUUUAACAAUUUUCUCGGCUGAAGUAAUGACGUGCGUAAUUGUGUCGUCGAGGGAACCUGACUUACGCAAUAAUGUGGGAUGCAGUAGGACAUGUGACAUAUUCUAAUAAGGUGUUAGGAAUAUUAAUGAGCCACAUCCAGGUAUAAAAGGGCGGAGUGUUAAGGGAGGAACACAUUCCAACCCCAUUCACCGGGACUUACACAUCGGAGCUUCGUGUUACUACAACAGUUACAGUCACCAUGAUGAAGUUUGUGUUGUUCGCUGUCGUGCUGGCGUGCUGUGCCUACGUGUGCACAGCACAGCAAGGACGUGGGGUAUACUGCGGUCGUCGGCUCUCCGAGAUGUUGGCGAACCUGUGCUGGGGCCCCGAGCUGAACAAGCGCAGCUGGUGGGUGCCGCCGGCGGGCGCGCUGGCUGGCAUGCGCGGCAAGCGCGGGCCUGUCGACGAAUGCUGUGAGAAGUCCUGCACUAUCGAUGAACUAAUGAUGUACUGCUAGUUGGCUAACGAUGGACUGUGACAUUCAUGAUGAGUCUGACUUACCUUUAACUGUCGUGUUUUAGUUUACUUUAAACGUUGACCAUUUUAUAAAAUUGUACUUAAUAUAAUAUAACUAAUUCUUGAACGUUUUCAA